GUAAAACAACUGUCUGUUACACAUGCUUGUAAAUUACACUUUAUUAAAUGCAACUGCUCAAUUCUCUUUACCCCCUUUAUACACAGCCGUUGUAAAUCAUUGCAUUUUAACUGCAGAUGCAACAGUUUAGGCCAAUAAAUCAAGAGCUAUUUGGCCAUAAUUGCUACACCCUGCACCCCCAAUGUCUGUGCUGAAGAUUCCCCUAGCCAUUCAAACUCUGUCUAGAGCCUAUAAAAUGACAUAUUUAUUGUCCCCUCUCAUCCCAAAAGGAGAAGCUGCAAUUACAAAUGUUGAUGAAUCCAACUAAUUAACAUGUCUUACAAGUUUAAAUGUGCAUAGUUUUGUCUUGAAGACAAUGCCAGUUCCUCUACUGCCUGAGGGCCCCUUGAUAAGUUAGUACACCAUUGACAAGUAGGAAUGGGAAUAAAUAAUAUUGCGUUACGCCACACGUCCGAUCUCACUAAUUGAUUCGAGACAAUGUUUUACCACAUAUCCAUUUCCCUUCAGGAUAAAUGUUCUGUGUAGAAAUCUAAUUACAUUAGUUAUUACUUAGUUGAAUUUAUUUGGAAACACACACACAUAAUUCAUACCCUCACAGCCCCACUACAAAGGAAAGAGGUGUGGGGACUAGGAGACCGUCAGUUAACUCAGGAGAUAUUUCUGUCGAGUUGACCCCUGGGUCAUUGGGUUCAGCCAAUCACAGGUGACAACUCAAUCAACAAGCAGCAGCCCUGGCCCAUCAUCACACGAGACCAGCUCAGGAUGAGCUAAGAUGUCGCAUCAAAAGGAUGAAGCGAUUCAGCCCCAGCGGUCAACACUACCCUGACCCCUCCAUGCCUCCGGAAAAUGCCCCCGAGGUCACAGAGGGUCAGCCCCUGACCACUGAAAGCAAGAAAGUCAAGACCAACCAGUCCUUUGAGUCUCUGUUUGACAGUGAAUCUCUUUGCGAUGUGAUUCUUAGUGUGAACGAUGGACAGUUUGUUUUCAGGGGACAUAAGAUGAUUCUGGGAUUAAAAAGCGAGAUUCUGGCAACCAUGUUGAAUGAGCUGCAUUCGAGCGAGACCCAGUCUCGUCCAGUUUUGAGUCUGAAGGAAGCACCCGAGUGCAGCAUGGUGUUCAGCCGAUUUCUGUACUUCAUUUACAGUGGGGCCGUGUGGCUUCACAGGGACUAUGUCCUUCCCCUACAUAGCCUGGCCGAAAAGUACCAAGUCAAACCCCUGAUUCAACACUGUCACAGCUACAUCAGUCAAAUUCUCUUUAAUAUGAUCGAUAUCAGUGAUGGAUGUAGGGGAUUUUCUUUAGACAUCAUUUGUGACAUUUAUGAAGGAAACCUGUAUUCUGAUGAAAUUUGUGAUCUCUGUUAUAAAGUGCUUUGUGCCAAAUUCCGAGACUUGAGUACUUCUGAAAGAUGGCCUCUGUGCAGUUGGCACUUAGUUAGCGACUUGCUGAAAUGUGAUGACUGCAACGCUGAGGAGAAUGUGAUAUUGACAUCCGCAACCGAAUGGAUGAAAAAGAAUCAGCUUGCAGACAAAAAUCUCAUUGAGGAUAUUCUAGUCAAUAUUCGUUACCCAUUAUUACACCGAAAAGUCCUGUAUCACUUGCAAAAAAAUGGUGUCUUCAAAAACUUUCCCCAAGUGCAAGAACUCGUAGAGAAUGCUGUGCGCUAUCACUGUUUCAAGGACGUCCCAGAGGCGAGAGACGACUUUGUGGGAAUUCAGUUCACCAAAAGAACUAUCUAUCGCACCCGGCCGAACAGUGCAGAAAACAACCGCAUGAACUCACCAGAAACUCUGUCCAGUUCAAGUCAGAACUUGAGUCGCAGUGUUCAAAGUCAGACUCACUGUUCGCCAGCAGUAUUCAUUCAAAAUCCCCAACCUCCCCCUGUAGUGGAGAGUCAGAUCUACAGCAACCUUAUACAGGAGAGCCCUGAAUAUCUCCGUCUGAGGGAGGUAGUUCCGGCCCCUCCCUCCCCACCCAUGCAACCAACUGUCUCACCCAUACCCCAAUUGUACAAUGUGUCGUCUGCUGCAAACUACGUUCAAAAUGCCAGUGUUCAAACAGGGGAUCGGUCUUCCUGAUAGAUUUGAGAAAGAAGAGUGUUUCUAAUCUGGACUAAACAUUAGUUUUUCCCAAUCUUCUUGAUGACAGUGCUAUUUGCAUUUCUUCUCCAUUAUAAUAUAUCUCUGUCAAAAAAGUGCUUGUAACACUGAGUGAAGUUUUGUCAAAUACCGUCAUAUAUUUUGAGCUUUUAUUCCUGUAAAAUUUUUCUUACCAGUACUUUAAAUUACCUCAAACAUUAAAUCUAAAUACAAAAUCAAAAACCCAUAAUUUCAUUGCUUCUAUAAUAAAAAAAGUCAUGGCUGCAAAUUGUGUGAAUACCUGAGGACAGCAUAAUCUUGUUUAACUAUUUUUCCAAUCUUUUCAGAGAUCAAACAUGAAAUUCACUACUGAUACAAGUUUUAUUUAAUAGCCAUUCUGAAAAAACUAGGUGUUCAUGGUUCACCUAAUCAUAUUAGUGCACUUAAUUUGGAAUUAAAUUGAGUGAAACUUGAGUUGGGAGAAAAUCCCAAUGUUCACAUACCAACAAAUCUGGAAAAUCUAGCUAUGUACCUUUGCUUUGAUGAUCCUUUAGAAGAUAGGAUCUGGGGACCUUAUGUAAAGCGAGCUUUUUCUGCAGACUUGACUAGCAGGGUAAAUUAAAGGCAAUUUGUCUCCUCCUUUCAUCCCUACUGCGCCGUUUUGCAGAAACCUUUUGCUAACUAGCAAUUAAGCUUUUUUUUUUCAUCCUGCCAGAGCAUUUUUAAAUAAUUCAAUUUAGCAUAUUUGAAGGAAUAUCAAAUAUGUCUGGAAAUAAAAAAAACCCAGUUGCAAGAAACUUUUGUUAAAGUUAACAAAAAAAAUUCAAAGAAGCUUUACACCGUUUUCGAUCUUAUUCAAAAAAUGAAAAUUGACAAAAUUAAAAAUUACACUUUGUUUUGACUUUGGCGAUAAGUCAUGCAAUGAAUUCUGUUGUAAUUGUUAUUUCCGUACAUCAUGUACUGGCAAUUACAAACAAUUUACAUAUAGUGUGCCCUCAAUCUGCAACAAGUUUUGUAAAAACAUGGGGCAUUUUUUGCUCAAUAUUGAUAGAUGUCUAAUGUCUUCUGCUUCUGUUGUUUUCAUCAUUAAAUGUAUGAGAAGUAAAAAUGUUUGUUCUACG